AUGAUAAGAUUUCAUCGGCGACGAACUGGUACACACAAAUGCGCCUCACGGCUUGACAUGAUCCCAUGUGAUCUAAAAUAUCCAAAAUCAUAUAGACUAUGGCAAAAUGCACUGAAAAUAGCGGUAAAUACAAGUGAUUUCGUAAGUGAAUAUCGUCCCUGUCCAGGUAUUUUCAAUAAUUCCAUCGGCAAAUAUGGGAUAUCUCCACAAACUUCAGUUCUGGCCCCAACAAUCAGAAAUAUAGAUCAAUUCGGUAAAGGAUUUAUGCUUCGUCCAAAAGAUUUUAUUAUGCGUUGCCCGAUUUGCAUGAUUAGCAGUAAAUUUUCUUCGAAUAUGCGGAAAAAUUAUUGCGCACGAAGUAUGGAAACACUACGAGAAGGUUGGCCACAAAAAGCUGCACUUUGUGAUGAAAUUGAAAAUCAUCCAUUUCAACAAUUUUGCAACACAUAUGACGCUAUCAUGCAUAAAAUGCAUGAUAUCACAGCACCUAUUAUCAAUAGUGAAGCCAAUUAUGAUCAAGAUAUUGAUUAA